AUGGCCAACACAAAGUCCAGUUACUUUGACAAAUUGAGGGCCAAACGAGAGUCUCAGGCUACUAAGGAACUACCAGUUAGUUCAGAGUUACCACAAGAAGCUCUACCAGUGAAAGAAGAACCACUUUUUGUCGAGGAUUCCGAAGAUGAGUUUGAAGAUGCGAUUUCAGUCCAGCGGCUGGAAGACUUCACCAAGUUCAAAGAUGCCCUCACCAAUGUGUUGGGACCACUAGGUGACCAUAUAAUAGAGCCGCUUUACCAAAAGUUCAGCGGUUACGACGACAAGGUGCUCUUGGCCAUAGACUAUCAUCUCAGAGGUGAUGUGAAGAUGAAAGUGCCCAAGUCUAUACCGCCAAUAACUCUUAGUAUGGAUGUCAAGAGGAAACGAACGCGUGGUAUCCAGAUGCCUCUAACCUACAACAAGCGGGCCAGCCCUGCCAGACCAACCGAAAGUGAAAGCAAACCGACUGUUACUGAAUGGAAGAGAUUCUUGGGGACCCUCUUUGCAGACGCGUAUGCCACAAGGCCAUAUUUAAAGAGCCUUCUGUACUUGCAGAAGAUGUCAAUAAGGAGUUUGAAACCAAGGGUUUUGACAGGGAAACAAAAGAAGCGCACGUCUGAUACGGCAGUGAUUCGACUAUAUACUAGUACUCCUGGAGAUGUCAGUGAUGGAAGAGAGAUCGGAAGACUAAAGGAGGAUUUAACCCGUAUUUUGGCGCCGUUGCUAGACCUCUGCAUCUUUGAGUUUGAGGUGACAGUGGCACUUGAAACUACCAAGAGGCUCAUGAUUGGUGACGAAUUUUACGUGAAAAUUGACUGUUUUUUGACUAGUGGAGCGUUCGAGAAGACAAAAUCUCCUAUCAAUGAGCUCGACACCAUGAAGGAGACACGAACAAACAUAACAAACGAGACGGAAGAAGAGUCGAACUUACGGCUUCGGAAGUUUGCUGUAGCUGCUUUAUUUUCGAGAUUGCAAAUACGACCUGUUAAAGCCAAGGACAGUCUUGGUGCUACACAGGUCAAUAGUAGCGAUGAAAACCCACAUCAAAUCAUUGAUUUAGAUAGUGAUGAAGACGACCUUGAAAAUAAUGAGUUGAGUCUCGAUGAGUUACAAACGUUCUAUUCGGAAAACCAGCAGUCAGAGAUGUUGAAGGCUUUACCUAAUACCACCACCCCUCCAGCUGAGAACUUCUCUCUACAAUUGAGGGAGUAUCAGAAACUAGGAUUGUCUUGGAUGCUUGCUCGAGAGAAAGAGUUGGACGUUUUGAAGUCUCUUAACAGCUCUGGUUCCGACUUGGAAGAGUCUUUUACACUGCAAUCGAUCGAUGAAUUACAGUUGAUGGAAGACGGAGUAAUGAAUCCUCUUUGGAAGACUUUCAGGUGGCCCAAGUUAGAAUCCAAAGAUGUCCAUUCUGAUGUGUUCUAUGGAAAUAUGUACAGUGGGGAGCUCUCUUUACAAAAACCAUUAAUUAAGUCUUCUUUAAGAGGGGGGAUUUUGGCCGACGAAAUGGGAUUGGGGAAGACUAUCUCAACAUUAGCAUUAAUUAAUUCUGUACCGUACGAUACUAGAUCGAGUUUCCAUGGGGACCAAUAUGCCAGCCAAACAACAUUGAUCAUAGUUCCUAUGUCUUUAUUAGCUCAAUGGGAAAAUGAAUUUGACAAGGCUAAUAAUAACCUUAACCACAAAUGCAUUGUGUAUUAUGGGCUGCUGACUCCAAACUUACAGAGUGUGUUACUAAACAAAACCAAGCAUAUACCAAUAGUUGUGAUCACCACAUAUGGAACCGUUGCAAGUGAAUUUGCUCGGUUGCAAAAUAGAGGUGAUUUAUUUGACUUUCCUGGAAUGGGGUUAUAUUCAGUAAAGUUCUUCAGAAUAAUUCUUGAUGAAGGCCAUCAGAUAAGAAAUAGAACCAACGAGUCUUCCAAAGCAAUAUUCCAAUUACAGCUGAGUAGGAAGUGGAUUCUCACCGGUACACCAAUUAUCAAUGGAUUGGACGAUUUAUACUCUUUAGCAAAAUUCUUGGAGCUUGAGCCUUGGAGUAACCUUUCAUACUGGAAAAUGUUUGUAUCUUUACCUUUCAAGCAGAAACAAGCGAAACAAACUUUGGACGUAAUCAAGACAAUUCUUGAGCCUAUUUUCUUAAGAAGAACCAAAUCCAUGAAAGGUGAUGAUGGAAACCCACUAGUUGACUUACCUCCCAAGGAAGUUGUCAUUGAAGAGGUUGAGUUUAACAAUGAUGAAAAUCAAGUGUACUCUUGGUUCAAGGAUUUGGCCUACAAGCAAUUUAGGGAUAAGUUGAAUUCUGGGGAAUCGCUAAGAAAACAUCUUUGGACCCAUAUAUUAAGAUUAAGGCAAAUAUGUUGUCACCAAGAUUUGAUUAAAAGCCUCAUUACCGAUAUGAAAGAGCAGAAUUUACUUCCCGAGGACACAGUUGAACAUGACAUAUUUAAGGAUCACACUGAAAUGAUGGAAGCAAAGUACAAAUUAUACGACAAAAUUGACAUUAAUAAUAGUGAAUGUUCUAUUUGUACCAAAACCCCUAUAGACAUGAGUGAAAUCUCCAUAACCACAUGUGGACAUACAUUCUGUUUGAACUGUGUGAUCGAACAUCUUGAGUUUCAGAAAAAGAAGAAUCAGAACCGUUCAUGUCCAAAUUGUCGGGGUCCGAUCUCAACAUACAAAAUAUUCAAGGUACGAGAUAAGAAAGACUUCGAUUUCGAUAUCUAUUUGUACGAUCCGUCCAAAGUAUCAUCUAAAGUUCAAGCUUUAAUCAACCAUAUUGUUACAUUGAAGGACCAAAACCUAACGGAGCCAGUGAUUGUAAUCUCUCAAUUCUCAUCUUAUUUGGAGAUCAUUGAAACCGAGUUACUUCUUCGUGUUGGUGAGAAGAACAUUCGUUGCUUGAAGUUUGUUGGUAGUUUAUCCAAAAUUCAAAGACAAGAAAUUUUAGAGCAGUUCAACAAUUCGGCUCACUACGGAAACCAAAUAACGGUUUUGCUUCUUUCAUUAAAGGCGGGUGGUGUCGGAUUGAACUUAACUAAUGCUUCUAGAGCAUUCAUGAUGGAUCCCUGGUGGUCUCCAAGUAUUGAAGAGCAGGCUAUUGACCGGUUGCAUCGAAUUGGCCAACAAAAAACCGUUAAGGUGAUCCGAUUCAUCAUGAAAAAUAGUAUUGAACUCAAGAUUCUUAAAAUCCAGCAGCGUAAGAAACAGUUGGGAGAAGUUGUUGCAGCCGAUGAAGAUGAGCAGCGCAGAGUUAGCGAUGAGGAAAUCAGAAUGUUAUUCGAAGAAUGAGCCAUAAAUAUUCAGAUUCGGCUAAUGGGUCCCAGACAAAGGUUGGUGCUAUGGUAAAGGAGAACGGUAUUGGGCAACAGUUAAGAUUAAAAACGUGUCCCACAAAAUUGAUACUUCAAUCUUAACCAGCAGGAGAUUUGCCGGAGUUGCACCGCAGACACUAAAUAAGUUUGCCAAAUCAGAGCCUGAUAAUUACAAAUUUAAAAUGUUGGCCAGUUACAUUGUCAUUGGCCCAGGACUAUCAUGCGUACUCCAAGAGGCUUAACUGAGAGUUUUGGUGCAUAUUGCCACUGCUGCUAUUAUUGCUUUCGAUAUCUUCGUUGGUUCAGGUCGGGUUACUUUUGCAGCGGUACAUUUAAUUUAAGCGUCUCAACUUAAAGCAGGUACAGCCCCACCAGCACCGUCAGUGUCUCAGACCCUGAACGAAUAUAAAUGGUGAAUCUCAGAAUACAAGUCAGAUGGAUAUAUUCUAAAAAAUGUGUAUGAUUGAUAUAGAAUGUUUUGAAAUUGUUUCUUGUCUGUGGCAAACGUAUUGAUGAAGUGAAAUGCAUUUGGCGACUAAACUAAAAUACACGAUAAUAGUGCAAUAGGACCUGGCGUAGCCAUUUAUCAGAAGAGGAGGGUAAAGACUAUGGGACUUGGUUUCUCGUUGUUUAUAAAUUACUAGUAUCUUGUGGAUUGUGAACAAAGCAUUGACCAACAAAAUCACUUUGAAUUCCUGCAGAUACUUGUGGUUCGUAAUGGAAGUUAAUAUCAUCCUUUAUAUAGAUACCCGAUUGGAAAAAAUAUUUAAAGGUAUUGCUAAAGACAAUGAAUUCUGUCAAAGCUGACUCCUGGGUUUUGGUUAGUUUGCAACUGUAUCGAUUCCAGUUACUUCAAAACCCAACCUCUUAUGGACCUAAUACAACUGUUUUAUUUUUAAGAAAAGGAACAAGAAACGACAAAUCUGAAAUUUAAGCCAAGACCCAAACAAACAUGCAAACUAACACCAAAGCAAAGGUAUUGGAUGCCUGUGACCCUUCACCUUUGUAAGGUGAGGGUACAAUAAAGGUCUCAGCAGUACCAGUACUAAUUGUGCUUGCACCUGUAGCACUACUAUAAUCUGAGAAUUCGGUGAUGGUUGGCACCACAGAUGUUGUGAUUGCUUCGGCGACAUAAGUAGGUUCGUGGGAGAUAGGAGUAGAACUUACUUCUAAACCCGGUUUGUAAAUCACCACAGUUUCUUCGCUGUUUGAGCAUGUCGUGGUGGUUGUAGAGGUGAUAGUGGAAGUCCAAAAAACAGUGAUUGUACCGCAAGAUGCUUCGGUUGUACUAGAGGUUUCCCUAGAGACUCCACUGACAACACCGGUACUUUCUAUGCUAGUAGAAGUUAUCGAAUCCGAUGUAUCGGAAACCGUUUCAACAGCAGCUGAGCGGAGGAUUGUAGUUACUGAAGACUCAAAAGAGACUAAAGUAGUUACCGAAGUUGAACCAGAAUAUUGAGUAUCCGAACCGGAUAGUUCAGCAGUAAAAGCAAACGUCUCAGAUGAAAAGGCUGUGCUGAUGAUACUGGAAGAAUUUGUGUAAGGAGCCUGUAGACUCCUGAAAGAAUUGGAUGUGGUUUUUGAUGCUUUUGAAAUCCCUGAGCUGCUGAUUGCUUCCGAGCUGCUUGUGGAUUGUAAACUAGAUAACGAUUCCAAGUUGGUGGAGCUGUCGGAGAUAUGGGAAGUCGAACCUUCAGACGAACUUGAAGCUUCCGAUGUUUCCAAACUGCUCGAUGUGUCCAGACUGCUCGAUGUGUCCAGACUGCUCGAUGUGUCCAGACUGCUCGAUGUGUCCAGACUGCUCGAUGUGUCCAGACUGCUCGAUGUGUCCAGACUGCUUGCAGACUCACAAGAAGGCACAUUAUAGUAAAAUGGAAUAUCUGCUCCCAGCACCCAGGUCGCAUCAGGAUAUUGCACAUAAAGCAGAAGUGCAAGAGGCCCGACACUAUUAUAAUAAUCCAUUUUGAAAGGAUAGUAAUUUCCUGCUUCCAAGCUCACAUAAAAAUAUGCCCAAGUGUUUGCGUCAGCAGUUAAUUGUGCUUCAUCCAAUGACGUCUUGUACCCAUCACAAGCACAAUCUGAAGCACUAUUUUUACCAAUGAAAAUAGCAAUAAAAUCAUCGAUAUCUGUAAGCUCAAAUGAAUAUUCUCCAUCUU